GGCCAGACGGUGGGCAUGGGCCGUGCGGCCGCGCGCUGCCCUAAUUCCCCGGGGCUGCGGGGCCGGGGCGGGGGAGGCCGGCGGCGCCGGCGCCCAAGGCGACGCCAACCCUGCGUGCGCCGGCGCAGGAGAGCUCGCCAGCGUCCCUGUAGCCCGCGGCGGGCAGCCCGGAAGAUCCGAGAGAGCUGCUGUUGCGAGCUGCGGAACCCGUGUGCCUCCCGGGACGACUGGCGCUGUGCGCGCUCGAUGCAUGAGUUCUCCGCCAAGGUCAUUGACGGGCACAUGGUCAGCCUGGACAAAUACAAGGGCUUCGUGUGCAUUGUCACCAAUGUGGCCUCACAAUGAGGCAAGACCGAAGUAAACUACACUCAGCUUGUCGACCUGCACGCACGAUAUGCUGAGUGUGGUCUGCGCAUCUUGGCCUUCCCAUGCAACCAGUUCGGGAAGCAGGAGCCGGGGACUAAUGAGGAGAUCAAGCAGUUUGCCGCUGGCUACAAUGUCAAGUUUGAUAUGUUCAGCAAGAUCUGUGUGAAUGGGGAUGACGCACACCCGCUGUGGAAGUGGAUGAAAGUUCAGCCCAAGGGGAAGGGGAUGCUGGGAAAUGCCAUCAAAUGGAACUUCACCAAGUUUCUCAUCGACAAGAACGGCUGUGUGGUGAAGCGGUACGGCCCCAUGGAGGAGCCCCUGGUGAUAGAAAAGGACCUGACCUGCUACCUGUAGCCCCACAAUUGCGCCCCGCUGAGCCCCCGCCUACCCCGAACCUUCUACCCAGCACCAUGACGGCCUGCCUGCAAACCAGCAUGCUGGUGGGGCAGACCUGAGGACGCGUGCACCGCUGGAGGAAGGACCGGCCACAGCCUGGGCUCAGCGCCCACUCUUACUGCCUUGUGGGAAUAAAACAUAGAAGCAGG